AUGACUGUCCCGACAGGUGCAAAGGUAAUCGCUCAAGCGCUUCACGAUCUUGGAGUCACCGUCAUUCACACAUUGGUUGGGAUUCCAGUCGCUGAAAUCGCAGAAGAAGCAAUUGAUCUGGGUAUCCAUGUGAUAGGCUAUCGGAAUGAACAGGCUUGCAGUUAUGCAGCGUCGGCCUAUGGAUACCUCACAGCGCAACCAGGUGUUUGUAUACUGACCGGCGGGCCGGGCAUCCUUCAUGGGACUGCCGGGAUAGGCAAUGCGUCAGCAAAUGCUUUCCCUCUCCUAGUCCUGGGAGGAUCUUCGGAGUCCAGCCUUUCGACAAAGGGAGGCUUUCAAGAAAUGGAUGCAGUCGCCCUGUUGACGCCUCAAACCAAGUUCGCAACUCGUCCCACGUCAAGAGAUCCUCCUACCAUCGUGGCGGCCAUCCGCAAUGCAUAUCGAAUCGCUUGGUACGGACGACCAGGACCGACAUUCGUGGAUCUACCGACUGAAAUGAUCAUGGAGCCCGUCAUUGCUGCUGCCAGAUCAACACCGUCUCCCUCGCCCAUUGUUGUCUCUCCUCCACCAAAGCCCGCAGGGGAUCCAGACUUGGUCCGCCCAGCAGCGAGGCUUCUCAAGUCCGCCUCGUCUCCACUCGUCAUCGUCGGCAAAGGCGCAGCAUACUCUCGUGCCGAGCACUCUAUCUGCAAUCUCGUCCAAACGCACCACCUGCCCUUCCUGCCGACACCGAUGGGUAAAGGCAUCAUUCCCGAUUCUCAUCCGCUGAACACGUCCUCUGCCCGAUCAACAGCGUUGAAGAACGCCGACGUGAUUCUCCUCCUGGGCGCCCGGUUGAACUGGAUCCUCCACUUCGGCGAGGCUCCCAAGUACAGACCAGACGUCAAGAUCAUCCAAGUCGACAUCUCGGCCGAGGAACUCGGUCGAACGAACAGCCUGGGCCAGCCGUCGUUGAGCAUCUUCGGCGACAUUGGUCUCGUUGUCGACCAACUCCAUCACGAACUCGGCGUCGAAUGGAAAGCACUCCCACAGGCAACGGUCCGCCAUCCUCUAUCACCCUCGGCUCAAUCACCAUCCAGUCCGUACGUCACGCUCCUCUCAAAGGCUGCCUCCAAGAAUGAAGCCCGAUCUCACAGGCUCGCCCACACGCCCACCUCUCAAGGCAGACACCUCACGUACGAACGGACCUACCACAUCCUCAAAUCCACACUGGACGCGCUGUCCCCGCCCGAAGCCGGCGAGAUAGUCUACGUCUCCGAAGGCGCCAACACCAUGGACAUUUCACGCUCCGCGUUCCCGCUCGAGCGUCCCCGCCAGAGGCUCGACGCCGGGACGUACGCCACCAUGGGCGUGGGCAUGGGGUACGCGAUCGCCGCGUGGGCCGCGCACAAUCUUGCACCGGGGCAUCGGCAUCGGCGUCAGCAUCGCCGCCAGCUAGGAAAGAAGCCGAAAAAAAUCAUCGCCCUAGAAGGCGACUCGGCCUUUGGAUUCUCCGCCAUGGAAGUCGAGACCAUGGCCCGCCACAACAUGGACGUCAUGAUCGUGGUGAUGAACAACAGCGGCAUCUACAAGGGCGACGCGCUGACCCGGGCGGCGUGGACCGAAUUGCAGAGGCAGACCACGUCCCGCGACACGCAGGCUGGUGCGGAUGCUGAUGCCGAUGCCGAUGCGGAAGCGCAAGGUGCCCAAGCAGCGGACGUCCGCAAAAGGGGCCUCAGGAGCACAUCCCUCCUGUACGAGACGCGGUAUGAGAAGAUGGCAGACAUGGUCGGAGGCAAGGGCUGGUUCAUCCGCACCGAAGACGAGUUGGCCCACGCCGUGAGGGCGGCGUUCCUGGAGAGGGAGAAGGUGUGUGUCUUGAAUGUGAUUAUCGAUCCCGGGUUGAACAGCGCGGCGCAGUUUGGGUGGAUGGACCAGAAGGAUAAACAUGGGGGUGGCAGUGGUGGUGGGGGAACGAGUAAAUUGUGA